AUGUUUGACCCCCGACUGCAGGCCAAGAUUCUGAAUGCGGUGGACGUCUCGUACGGUGGGGAGAAUGGGUUCAAUCAGGCGAUUGAGCUCUCGACGGAUAUUCUUUCUAAUGUCAAGUUCAUUCAGGAGAAGUGCCUGAUCAGGAAGUACUUUGAGGGGAAUGGUCAGGACACUGGCAAAUAUGUUUUUGGGGUGGAUGACACAAUGAAGGUUCUGGAGAUGGGGGCCGUCGAAACAUUAAUUGUCUGGGAGAAUCUUGACAUGACCAGAUUCAUCCUCAAGAACACCACAACCGGCAAGAUUUUGAUUAAGAACCUGACCAAGGACCAAGCGGCUGACCAGAAGAAAUUCCGGGAUGCCACAAUGAAUGCUGAGCUGGAGGCGCAGGAGAAUAUAUUGCUGCUUGAGUGGUUUGCGAAUGAGUACUGGAAGUUUGGGUGCACUCUCGAGUUUGUGAUCAACAAGUGUCAGGAGGGCUCCCAGUUUUGCCGUGGGUUUUGCUGGAUGUCCAUGCAUUUAAUGAACUUUCGGGUGACGGUGAACUUCUCGAGGAAUCUAAAUAGGAGUCAGCCGACUUUAGUGAUGCCGGUGGGGCAGGGGUGGCCACCCACUGGCGAGCGCCUGAGCUGGCGGUUGAUUGGGCUAGCCCGAGGUGAACGAUUUGAGGUUGCGAAAGGAGUCUGCUGUUUCCUGGUUUACGCAAGGGUCUUGGAAGACUCGAGAUCUCAUGUAGAGGUAGUCGAGCAGAGGCUGGCUUCAAAAGAGAUGCUUACAGAUGAGUUGACCCAAGAUGAUGUUGGAUUAUCCGAGAAUGUGGUAGAGGAUGUAAAGGAGAAGGAAAGAGCUGAAGAGCAAGAAGAUGUGGAAAAAUAA